UCUGACACUUUGCGGAAGUGACGUUAUGUUAUUAUUAUUCCAGGAAAAGGACACGGGAAAGCCCUGAACUGCGUCAACUGCGUUUUUAUGAUACAUUUGAAUGUUGGCUGAUGUUUAACAUGUCCACAAGCCACUGCUGAAUGAUAUAUGGCUUUGUUCCUGGAUGGGACCUUAUUGAGCAGAAACAUGGACACAUCAAAUUUUGCCCACGUCAUCUUCCAGAAUGUGGGGAAGAGUUACCUGCCCCAUGCUGCGCUCGAUUGUCACUAUACCCUGACACAGUUCAUCAAACCACAUCCAAAGGACUGGGUUGGUAUAUUUAAGGUUGGUUGGAGCACAGCGAGGGAUUAUUACACAUUCUUGUGGUCGCCUCUCCCAGAGAACUACGUGGAAGGCACAGCAGUCAACAGAACCGUGAUCUUUCAGGGUUACUAUGUCCCCAAUGACGAUGGGGAGUUCUACCAGUUUUGCUAUGUGACCCACAAAGGGGAGAUCCGGGGGGCGAGCACGCCUUUCCAGUUUCGUGCAAACAGCCCUUCCGAGGAUGAGCUGCUGACUGUUGAAGAUGAAUGCAAUUCUGACAUUCUGGUCGUCACCACCAAGGCUGGCUUGCUUGAGCAAAAAGUGGAAGAAGCUCAGAGAGAGAAAGAUGAGCUGCUGAAAAGCAUGGCCCUCAUCCAGCAGGAGAAGGAGCAGCUUGACGCAGAGAAGGAGAGUCUGCAGAAGGAGUUUGAGCAAGAAAAAGAGACCUGUGCCCAGCUGAGAAGAGAGAUCCAAGAGGUGCUACACUCGUCUCAGGCCCUUCAGGAGGAGAAGGAAGAGGUCAAGAGGCGACUGGAGGAUGCCACGGCCAGGAUUGUACAGUUAGAAGAGGAUCUGAUUGGGGUCACACAGAAGGGACUUCAAAAGGAAACCGAGCUGGACAGCCUUAAAGAUCGAUUGAAGAAAGUCGCUCUAGAGAAAGAGGCUCUUGAAUCUCACGUAAAGAAUGAGAGAGAUGAGAAGGAACUCUACAAGAUUCACCUGAAAAACCGGGAGCUGGAAAACACUAAGCUGAGUGCGGAGCUGCAGAUGCUAAAGUCCGUGGAUGUAAACAAGGAAAACACCAUUGCCCAGUUCAAAGAAGAGGUGGGACGCCUGCAGGCAUGCCUCACAGAGAAGGAAAAACAGUACAAAGAAAUCCUGGCCAAAGUUUCUCCUUUGGGUGACAUGAAGGCCCUGAAGGAGCAGCUGCGGCAGAAAGAGGAUCAGCUCCAGGCCAACCAGCAGCAGUCCUCUCUGCUGGCUGCCGAACUGAGGGAUGCCUCCAGCGCCCGGGAUCGCACCAUGUCUGAGCUCUACCACAUGAAGCUCGAGGCGGACGCCCUGCGCCAGGCCAAGGCCGAAGCUCAGGCCCAGUGUGUCCACCUGGAACUCGUAGUCGAACAGAUGAAGGCAGAUGCCAAAAAGGAGGCGGCCAAAUUGGAGGAGGAAGCGAGCACAGACCCAGCUGUUGUAGCAGAGCUGCAGAGAGAGGUGGAGGACCUGAAGCUGCGGCUGCUCAUGGCUGCAGAGCACUACAAGGAGAAGUACAAGGAAUGCCAGCGACUGCAAAAACAAGUCCUCAAACUAUCUGAACAGCAGGGGGAAGUGAGGAAAAGCACAGCACAAGAGGUCGCCGCAAUCCCUGCAUCAGGGAGUCCAGACACAUCGGUGCCGGGCAGCCCAGGUUCUGCUGACCCCAUGUUGGAGGCCAUCAUCCAAGAGAAGCUCAAAGGCAUCAGCAGAGAAGCUUCCGACAGAAAUGACAAAUACAGAAAAUGCAAGCAGAUGCUGAUAGAGGAAAAGGAGCGCAGCAGCUUGUUUGCAGACGAGCUGGCCAAGACGGAGCUGAAAUUAAAGGAGCAGCUGAAGACCAACGAGAGUCUAAAGUUGCAGCUGGCUGCCGCAGAGGACCGUUAUAAGAGUCAAGUAGCUGAGAAGGGUCGGGAGCUGAAGGAGCUGAGGGACUCGUUUGCACUCGUGAAGGAGAAGGAAAAACUGGAGGGGGAGCUCCAGAAGAGCAGCAGCAAGAAGGGCGAUCAAGGGGCCAGUGAGAAAACCAGCUUGGAGAACCUCCAGACCAGUGUGCCUUUAAUUCUUCAGUACCCCGUCCCUUACGCCCAGGACACCCCGACCCCACUGCUGGUCUCUCAGAGUCCAAGCAAACUACACUUUGGGAACCCUUAUUCCAUCUCAGACUCAAAAGAUGAGACAGAGGAGGAGUUCUCAGAUGAUCAGCCUCUGAAGCUGCCCCCCGUAGGCCCACCCUCCUGGGACAGCAACGUGGUCUGCAUCCAGCCCUCCCGCAACCUCAGCCGGCCAGAAGGACACGAAGAGGCAGAGGAAAACAACAAUGUUAACACCAACGAACAGCCGCUAGGAACAGAAACACGCAGCUCAUUUGUGAAUGAUGGACAAACCCCCUUCUGCUUUGACUCCAGCAUGGAUAUGAAACGCUGUCCGCUCUGCGAGGUUAUCUUCCCACCCAACUACGACCAGAGCAAGUUCGAGGAACACGUGGAGAGCCACUGGAAGAUCUGCCCCAUGUGCAGCGAGCAGUUCCCCCUGGACUGCGACCAGAAGGUGUUCGAGAACCACGUGCUCACUCACUUCGACGGGCACCCGCUCAACUUCGACUAAAGAAACUGAAAACCAAUGGAGUCUGCAGACUUUCUGCCAUCCUCUGAAAAAGAAUCACUUUAAGCUCUCUUCUGCAUGUAGUGGUGUUCGGCUCCUCUCUGUAGAGCUAUCCUAACUUUUGCUUUCUUUUAACUUGGAGAUCCACUCUGAGGUGACGUUUG